CGCUACAUCAAGAGGACCUGAUGGAGAACAGUGAAAUCUCUCCAAUCAACUCCACAGAAGCAGAACCUGGUAAUGGAACUGCACCAUCUUGGCUUUCGAACAGCAGUACAACCCCUCCGCCAGUGGGAGCACUGUGCCAGCAGGUUCAAAUCCAGGCAGAAGUUUUCCUCGCCCUGGGCAUCGUCAGUCUGCUGGAGAACAUCCUGGUGAUUUCUGCGGUGGCAAAAAACAAGAACCUCCAUUCACCCAUGUACUUUUUCCUCUGUAGCUUAGCGGCUGCAGACAUGCUAGUUAGUGUCUCCAAUUCCCUGGAGACGAUUGUGAUUGCGGUCUUGAGAAGCAACCUUCUGGAACUGAGCGAUUAUUUUGUGAGGUUGAUGGACAACAUCUUUGACUCCAUGAUCUGCAUCUCACUAGUGGCAUCCAUCUGCAACCUCCUGGCCAUUGCUGUUGACCGCUACGUUACCAUCUUCUACGCUUUGCGCUACCACAGCAUUGUGACUGUACGUAGAGCUUUGAAUGCCAUUGCUGCAAUCUGGCUGGUGUGCAUCAUUUGUGGAAUCGUCUUUAUCGUUUACUCAGAGAGCAAAACUGUCAUUAUAUGUCUGAUCACCAUGUUCUUUGCCAUGCUAGCCUUGAUGGCCACCCUCUACGUGCACAUGUACCUCUUGGCCAGGCUCCAUGUCCAGCGUAUUGCUGCUCUGCCCCCAGCAGCUGUUGCUGGUGGCAACCCAGCACCUCGGCAACACACGUGUAUGAAGGGCGCGGUGACCAUCACCAUCCUGCUGGGCGUGUUCGUGUGCUGCUGGGCACCGUUCUUCUUGCACCUCAUCCUGCUUGUGGCCUGCCCUCAGCACCCACUCUGUCUAUGCUACAUGUCCCACUUCACUACCUACCUGGUGCUUAUCAUGUGCAACUCGGUCAUCGAUCCAAUCAUCUAUGCUUUCCGCAGUCUUGAGAUGAGAAAAACCUUCAAGGAGAUCCUCUGCUGCUUUGGCACAGGCUGCCAAGCACCACUCUGCGAGAGCGAGCGAGAAACAGAGACAGAGAGGCAGAGAGAGAGGCAACGGGAGAGAGAGAAGGAGAGUGAGACCGAGUGAGAGAUGAGAACAGGCAGAAAGAGACACUUGAAGAACUGGCUGUACUGAAGAUGCUGGUCAAGCUGAUGAUGGUAUACAAGAGAUUUUAUAAAAUCAGAAUGCAUUCCUAGAGGAGUGAUGGAGGCAAACAUGAGAGGGUCAAAUCAAUUGCUUAAAGUAAUGACAGGGCUCACAAUCAUAUAUUUAUGAAGAUGAAUGGCAUAUGUCUGCUGUUCUGUAAUUUUUUGCUCUAAUUUUCUGCUAAAUGAUAAGCUGCAACUGUGCUAGUCAAACUGAUGGAGCUGAUGAUGCAAUAGAGCUUAAAGUGCAUGAAUA